ACCGAUCCCAUGUUUUGGAGGAUGAAUAAUUAGUAAUGGCGGGAAACCCAUGCAUCUAAACGCAAAUCAGUAACGACAUGGUUUUAAAUCUUCCAUGUCGUCCCAUUUCUGGUUUCUUACAUCUCUUAAAGCACUGUCAAAGCAUCGAAGGCUUAAAGCAGCUUAAAUCUCUUCUCAUCGUACAAGGUCUCACUGAAAACAAGUUAUUGGUAGGACAAUUUCUCAAGUCUUGCUUUUGUUUGGGUGUACCAAAUUUAGCUCUCUCCACAUUUUACAAAUUUCAAAACCCAACUUUAUUCUGCCAAAACUUAUUGCUGAAGGGUCUCUCUGAUUGUGGUCUAUAUGAAGAUCUUUUAUCUGUUUACCUGAAAUGCCGGUUCUUCAAUUGCCCAUCUGAUGAUUUUACAUUUCCUUUCGUGAUUAAGGCUUGUUCAGCUCUAGGUGCUUCUGGGUUUGGAGAACAGAUUCAUUCCAUUGUUUUGAGAAAAGGGUAUGAAAGAAAUGUUGUCAUCAUGACUUCUUUUAUUGAUUUUUAUGCGAGAAAUGUUGAUAUAGGGGUUGCGCGGAAGCUGUUUGAUAAAAUUUCUGAACCUGACGUGGUUUCAUGGAAUGCUUUGGUUUCUGCUUACUGUCUUAAUGGACAUGAUAAAGAAGCAUUGGGGGUUUUCAGGGAAAUUCAGGGUACAAACAUAAAGCCUAAUGUGAGUACUUUGGCUAGUAUAAUUCCUGCCUGUAAGCGGUCGGGGUAUUUUUGUUAUGGUAAAUCUCUGCAUGGUUUCGCUGUUAAAUGUGGAUAUUUCUUGGAUGAUUUUCUGGUUCCUGCUUUUAUUUCGAUGUAUAAAAGUGAAGUGGAUUUAUCUAGUGCCAGGAAAUCGUUUGACUUCGCUGUGGAAGGGAAUGUUUCUGUGUGGAAUUCUAUAAUCAAUUGUUACAUGCAGAACGAGAGGUUUUUUGAUGGUUUUGAGAUGUUUCGUGAAAUGCUUCGAAAUGAAGUGAAGCCUAACUCUGUCACGUUUGUGUCUACGGUUCCCCAUUGUGAGAACUAUUUUGAUAUUUGCUAUGGUGGAUCUCUCCAUUGUUGUGUUAUUAAACAUGGUUUUGGAAGUCAGGUUUCUGUAUUGACAGCACUCAUGUCGAUGUAUGCUAAGCUUGGGGAAAUAAGUUUGUCUGAAAUCUUGUUUGAUCAUAUGCUGAACAAAACACCGCUCUCAUGGAAUGUGAUGAUUUCUGGCUAUGUAAAUAAUGGACUACGGGAGGAAAGUUUGGUUGCAUUUCGUGAAAUGCAGUUGGAAGGGUUCAGUCUUGAUGUAGUCUCUAUUGUUUGCAUCCUCUCUGCCUGCUCAAACCUAGGUGACAUUUUACUUGGUGAAUCAAUACAUGCAUUUGUCGUUAGAAGAAGUUUUGAAACGAAUAUUGAUGUUUCAAAUGCAGUCCUAGCAUUUUACUCUGAUUGUCGUUUACUCUCCACUUGUUUUAGGCUAUUUGAAAGAAUGGCUACUAAAAAUACAGUAUCAUGGAAUACUUUGAUAUCUGCAUAUGUACACUGUGGACAAAAGGAGAAGGCAAAUAUGAUUCUUCACCAGAUGCAGAAAGCAGGAGUGAAGUUGGAUUCUGUAACUUUGCUAAGCAUCCUUUCUUGUUACACCGAGAGUGAAGAUUUCAGGCAAGGAAAAAUACUUCAUGGUUUUGCCAUCAAAACUGGGUGUGACUCUGAUGUUUCAUUGACUAAUGCACUAAUUUUUUUGUAUUGUAAAUGUGGAGAACUGGAUGCUGGAUUGGUAUUGUUUGAUAUCAUGCCAGAAAGAAGUGUGGCUUCUUGGAAUUCAUUAAUGACUGGCUUCCGGCAUCAGAACUUACCCAAGAAUGGUUUAGUCUUGUUUUCCCAAAUGAUGAAUGAGAAUCAAAGACCAAAUCAAGUGAGUAUACUAAAUAUAUUGCCCAUGUGUCGCUUGCUAUCACAGGGUAAUUCCAUCCAUGCUUUUGCACUCAGAACAGGAAUGAUAAAGGAAACCCCUGUUCUUACAUCUCUUAUCUUCAUGUAUGCUAGAUUUGGUAAAAUAAGUUUGAGCCUCCUAGUUUUUCAAAUGGGAAAAAGGCGGGAUAUUUCUUUGUGGAAUGCCAUCAUGAAUGUGCUUGCUGAAACCAAAAAUGCCGAACAAGCAGUUGCUGUUUUUCGUGAACUGCUCCAGAUAAGUUUGGAACCUGACAGUGUAACAGUUUUAAGUUUAAUCUCCUCUUGUGUUCUAGUAAAAAGAUUAAAUCUAGCAGAUUCUGUGAUGGCCUAUAUCAUACGCAAGGGCUUUGACAAAGACGUGGUAAUUGGUAAUGCCCUCAUAGACCUAUAUGCAAGAUGUGGAAGCAUCAUGGUUGCGAGAUUGCUGUUUGACUACAUGCUUGAAAAGGAUGCCAUCUCUUGGAGUGUGAUGAUUAAUGGAUACAGAUUGCAUGGAAACGCUAGGGGUGCCCUUGAACUUUUCUCGAGGAUGCAACUUUCAGGGAUGAACCCUGAUGCCAUUACUUAUUCAAGUCUUUUAUCAGCUUGUGGACAUGGUGGUUUAGUUGAGGAAGGCCAAAGAGUAUUCAACUCUAUGGUUGAAGAUGGGGAAUCUCCAAGAACAGAUCACUAUGCUUGUAUGGUUGACCUUCUUGCACGAGCCGGUCACUUGCAUGAAGCUUAUGAUAUAGUCGAUAGACUGCCAUUCAAACCUUCUGUAGGCAUGCUUCAAUCCUUGUUAGGUGCUUGUAAGAUGUACGGGAACGUUGAAAUUGGAGAGAGAAUUUUUCAGGUACUCUUUAAAACGUACCCACAAAACUCAGAAUCUUAUGUGACACUUCAUAGUAUCUAUGCAGCAGCUGGAAAUUGGGAAGAUGCCAAUACAGUUAGGUCUCUCAUGGAAGGAAGAAAACUAAGAAAAGUCCCUGGUUUUAGUCUAGUUGGAGAUUAACAUCACAAUUAGCAGUCUUCUGAAGUGCGCUUACAGGAAUGAAU